AUGUCUGUUGAAAUAAAUUCUAUUAAAUCCCAUAAAGUAAGAAGCAUUCCAAGUGGAGAGGUUACGGAAUUGGCAAGUUUUUGGCAAGAUCAGGAUGUUGUCAUCAUUUUCUUCCGCCGCUGGGGGUGUAUGCUGUGCAGAUUGUGGGCUAAAGAGAUCAGCGAAAUCGCUCCGAUUUUGAAGAAACAUAACAUCAGACUGAUUGGUGUUGGUGUUGAGAGCGCCAAUACGAAAGAGUUUCUCGAGAACAAAUAUUUCGAUGGAGAACUUUAUCACGUAGAGGACAUCUCUACCUACCAGACUUUGGGCUUCAAGCGAUUCAAUGUUAUAUCCAUUAUAACUUCUUUGUUUUGGAAACAGUCCCGAGAAGCCAUAUCUAAAGGAAAAGGAAUGGGAUUAGGUGGAGAUUUAAAAGGGGAUUGGGUGCAAACGGGGGGCGCUUUGCUGGUGGAAAAGGGUGGCAAAGUGCUUCGCCAUUUUAUUCAGACAGGUCCGGGCGAUCACUUGCCUAAUCAGGAAAUUUUAAAGCAUUUUAACUUGGAGAAGGAAUAUAAUGAGGAGACGAUGGCCAACAGGGAUCGCGAGAAUCUGACGUGCAAUACAGAGGCCAAGCCCUAA